GACACGCUCUGGUGUUAGCGUUAGCCCAUAGACAAAUCGGUCGCGGGAAAAAUACAGAAAAUCUUAAAUAUUUUACACCUUAACUUUAAGUAGCACGGUACAAGUUCGUUGCAGGAAAAAAGUUGACUGGCCCGGCUGCUGUGAAACCAGUUUAAAAUUCGGCAAAAAAACUUCCAAAAGUUCAACACACCGAUGAAACCUUUCGGAAUCCCUUGAAAAAUUGCCCGUAUGCGUGUAAUAUAUGUGACAUCGAUUAAGUGCAGUGUUUCAGCUUUGCCUGCAAGUUAUUUCCGUUGCACGCAAUCCUUACCCAAAUCGGUUUUGCCACUUAGCACUCGAUAAAUAAUGAUAAUAGACAAUAAUGAUAGCCAAAUGAUGCCUAACUAAGUGAGAAAGGCCAUAGUUUAAUCGGAAAGUACACACCGAGCAACGCGAAGACGAGCAGGCAGCUGAGCAAACAGAAAAGUGCAUUAAGUAUACGGCACGCAUCAAGUAUUCGCCACGAUGUCCAAUGGCAAGGCUGCCACAGCUGCCGGCACAGCUGAGAAAAACGGCUCGCUGAACGAUCGGCCAUUGUUUAUGCAAAAUACCAACGGCGCACGUAUUGCGGCCAGCGAAGUGGAAGUCAGCAACUUCCGACGCGCCCUCCCACAGUUUUUAGCUGUUAGUAUUAAGAACAUAUUGCUAUUCGGAUAUGGCAUGACCUUGGGCUUCCCCACAAUCGUGAUACCCGCCAUUCAGGGAGGCGAGGGUCGCAGCGAGACCAGUGGCGACAUAGUCCUCAACAAGGACGAGAUCUCUUGGUUCAGUUCCAUCAACCUGAUAUGUGUGCCCCUGGGAUGCCUCUUCUCCGGUAUUCUCACACAACCGCUGGGCAAGCGACGAGCUAUGCAGUUUGUCAACCUGCCGAUUCUGGCCGCCUGGCUGAUGUUUCACUUCGCGACGCGCACGGAACAUCUGUAUGCGGCUUUAUGCUUGGCUGGACUUGGUGGCGGCUUAAUGGAGGCGCCGGUGCUCACCUAUGUGGCCGAGAUCACGGAGCCAAAGUAUCGUGGAAUUCUAUCGGCGCUGGGUACCACGUGUGUCAUCACAGGAGUCUUCAUCCAGUUCAUCCUGGGAUCCCUCAUGGACUGGCGGAGUGUGGCGGCGGUGAGUUCGGCCUUCCCGGUGAUCACCAUCAUAAUGCUGUGCUUUGUGCCCGAGAGUCCGGUCUGGUUGAUCCGGGAGCAGCGAUUCCGGGAGGCGGUGAAGUCCUUGCAGUGGCUGCGUGGCUGGGUGCCGGAGCACAUGAUCGAGGCGGAGUUCAAUCAGCUCUACGACGAACUGAUCACCCAAAAGGCUAUCGAGCUGUCGGCAGAUGGAGUGCCACCUCCUGGCCAACGAAGGACCUUGGGUCAAAGGCUGCGCAUGUGGCGGAAGAGGAGCUUUCUGGUGCCGUUCCUCCUGGUUUCCUUCUCCUUUUUCACGGGUCACUUUUCCGGAAAGACCCCGUUGCAAACGUAUGCAGUGCAGAUUUUCCACACCCUCAAGGCUCCGAUGAACAAGUACCAUGCCACCAUCCUUCUGGGAGUGGCUGAGAUGCUGGCCACCAUCCUGGGCGUUGUCCUGAUCCACUUCACCGGAAAGAGGCCCUUGGUUCUGGUCUCAACCGUGGGCACUGGUCUGUGCUUCUUCGGCACGGCCACGUAUGCCCACUUCCUGAGCGAAGUCCCGGGAUUCACUGUCAACAACGUGGUGGUCAACGCCUCCUCGAUUGUGCCCAAGGAGGGCAUCCUCUCCCAGGAGAAUAUUUCCAGGAUCUUUGAGAACGAACAGCAGGCCAUCAGACAGGAAACCGAACGUUUCACCACUCUGCUGCCGGACUUGGAGACAACAACUAUGUUCGAACCGGAAACCUCUAAUCGCAGUAAGCGAGAGGCGGAUGAAAUGAUGACCACCGAUGCCCCCAUGGACACCACCAUGUGGCCGGAGCCGGCGAGCAGUGCGAAACCCAUAGCCUCUUCAUCCUUGGCCCCUCCUUCAACUACUACAACGAAACCGCCUAUUGUGGAGGAUCUUCUGCUGGUGGUCCCGAAACAGGAACACAACUACCUGGUCUGGGUACCACUCAUCCUUCUACUGCUGUCAGCCUUUUUCUCCCACCUGGGAAUCCGAAUGCUGCCCUGGAUCCUCAUUGGGGAAGUCUUUCCAGCGGAAAUACGCAAUAGUGCCUCGGGAUUUGCCGGCGGAGUGGGGUACAUUUUUGGCUUCCUGGCCAACAAGCUCUUCCUGGUGAUGCUGACUGCCUUGACUCUACCCGGAACGUUCGCCUUCUAUGCCACUGUGGCGUUCGUUGGAACCAUUGUUCUGUACUUCACGCUUCCGGAGACGGAGGGACGCACCCUUGGUGAAAUUGAAGCCCACUUCUCCAAGAAAUCGGACAUGAAUUUGCUCCGGAAGCAGCCCAGCGCAAAGCUGCCCAUCAAGGAUGAAGCCCAGUACCCCGGCAGUGCCAUCAAUGUCCAGGGUACCUUCCAGGUACCCAUUACCUCACAGCAACAGGCAAAGAUCAUCCACUUGCAGCAGAGCGACUUUGCACCCCGGCCCCAAAACGGACGGACACCCGGAGUUGGAAUGGCCAAUCCCGCCUUUGAGGAGAGCAACACCACACAUUUGUGAGCGGAUCAGGCCGUCCGUGUCAUCAUGCUUAACGUAAACAUCCUUUUCAAGUGCUUAACAUUCCAGUGAUAUUUCUGAGAAAUAAACUUAACUAUUUAGAUUUAUGUAGAU